AUGGCUGUCGCUCUUCAAUCAUCUGCAUCAAAUAACACAACAUUGAAUACACGACACUACUACAACAAUCUUGAAACAUAUUCUCUACUUUGGCUUGGCGCUUCGGUCAACUCUCAAGAAAAUAUUGAUGCACAACAAAAACUGCGAUCAUCAAUCAAUCACUUGGAAUCAUUCAAGCAAAGUGAUCAAUGUGAAAAAUAUAUUCGAUCACUUUCUUCACCAGAUCGGAUUAUCUUAAUCGUUCGAGAUCGAUUAGGUCAAAAACUGGUACCUCGAAUUCAUCAACUUCGACAAAUUUUUUCGAUUCAUGUGUAUGGUAUACGCAAACAGAAAAAUCAAUGUUAG